AUCGAACCAGGUUUCUUCUUUCCUAAACCCUGCUUCACAUUCCUCCCUUCCUCCCAUUUCCAGCUACACCCCGCACCGUCGCACGCCGCUCCUGCCCGACGAAGUCUCAGCCUCCCGACAUACUCGCCGCCGCUCCCUUCCUCCCUCUUACUUACACUCUCUCGUUUCUCUGAGCAAUCAGAGUUAGUUAUCUCUGUUGUUUUCUUCUUUCUCAGAAAUAUAUAACAGCGGUUCAGUCAGUCACAACUCACGCUGCUGGUGAGGUCCGGUCGCCCCUCAUUUUUCAGAUCCAGCGCCAAGGUUCUGGUUUUUUAGGGAUACCGAGUUGUUCUUGUGGCAUUUUCAGAGGCUUGUAAUUUGACCAUGCAAAAUCUGCAUCAUUUCAUUUGUCGUCUCAGUUCCAAUUCUCUUGGGAAAAGCACAAAUGUGGGAUCUAGUUUAAUUACUGAUUCAGUUUCCACAUUGAAGCAUGUUCAAGGAGCUUGGUUAACCACUUUGAGAGAGUUCUCUGCAAAAUCUGGUGGAUUUGAUGAAGCUAAUGCUAAGAAUGAAUGGGAUAAGAGUGUGAGUGAAUCGUUUUCUGGCACCACGACAGAUGAUUUAGGCUGGGAUUCUGUUUCCUCUUGGUCUACUGGAUUGACCAAAGAGCAUUUUGAUGGAGAGGCUGUAGGCCGCAGGGUUGGUGAAGGGGUGGAUUCACCAAAAUCACCACAGGCUUCAUUAGUUUCUGGGUUGCAGGAGUUUGAAGACAGAAUAAGGGAAUUAGAGGCAGAAAACCGGAAAAGCAAGGACUUCGUGGACAAGUGGGGUGAAAGGAUGAAAGAGAUGAGCAUGCUUUUGAAACAAGUGAGAGAGCCUGGUGCUAGAGGGUCUUAUCUCAAGGACUCGGAGAAGGCUGAGAUGUAUCGCUUGCACAAGGAGAACCCUGAGGUAUAUACUGUUGAGAAGCUUGCUAAAGAUUACAGGAUUAUGAGGCAAAGGGUUCACGCCAUUCUUUGGCUGAAAGAGCUUGAAGAGGAAGAGGAGAAAAAACUGGGCCAACCCUUGGAUGAUUCUGUUGAGCUUUUACUUGAUACCUUCCCAGAGUUCUUUAAAUCCCACGACCUGGAAUUCCAUGUGGCAUCCCUUCCGUACAAACCUGAUUUCAAGGUUAUGCCGGAAGGUUGGGAUGGUACAACCAGAGAUUUGGAUGAAGUCCAUUACGAAAUCUCCAAAAAAGAAGAUGAUAUGUUGUAUAAAGAAUUUGUCGAGAAGAUGAAUUUCAACAAAAAGAAAAUUGCAGGAGAGGUCUUCCGCCACAAAUAUAGUAGGCGUCGGGCUGCAGAUGGGUGGAAAUUCACAAUAGAGAAAAUGGGACCACGAGGGAAACGGGGAGGUGACGGUGGAUGGAAGUUCGUCAGCUUGCCUGAUGGUUCUAGCAGGCCAUUGAACGAAAUGGAGAAGAUGUAUGUGAGGCGAGAGACACCUCGCCAUCGACGUAAAAUCCUCCCUUGAUAAGUUUCAAGCACUUGCACGUCGAUCUAAGUGUGCAUUUGAUGAUAUAAAUAGUUCGAAAAAAACUGGUAGAUCCCCCAGGAUGAUUUCAUAAUUUUCUUUUGACUGACCUGUUUUUGAUUGAACUUCAUGCUUUGUUGUAGUAGUUUUCCCUGAUGGUUCACAUCUGCAAUAACAGGUUUUCUUCAUGCCUCUCU